UGACUUGGUUCUGGCUGAACAGAGAAGACAAGGGGGACUCCUACCAACAGAAAUGGUCUUCAUCUAAAGCCAGGAAGCCAGCCUCUUGCUCUUGUGUACCCUAUUCCACCAGAGAGAGAAGGGAAGAGCACAGAGAUAAGGAAGAUGCAUCUGUUGUUGUUUCUAUUCGUCUGCAUAUGGUCUGCUGUAGCUCCUCAGCCCCGCUCAGUGGAUGAUAUCUGCACUGCCAAGCCACGGGAUAUCCCAGUAAACCCAAUAUGCAUCUACCGUAACCCAGACAAAAAAACCCCAGAAGGUGUGAGUGAAGGGCCUGAGGAGGAGAAAAUCCCUGGCUUUACCAACCCCCGUGUCUGGGAGCUAUCCAAGGCCAAUUCCCGCUUCGCUGCUCUCUUCUACAAGCGCUUGGCAGACUCAAAGAACGACAAUGAGAACAUCUUCAUGUCCCCUCUCAGCAUCUCCACAGCCUUUGCCAUGACCAAGCUUGGGGCUUGUGGCAGCACUCUGGAGCAACUCAUGAAGGUUUUCCAGUUUGACACUAUUUCAGAGAAGACAUCAGACCAGGUCCACUUCUUUUUUGCCAAACUGAACUGCCGGCUGUACAAGAAAGCGAACAAAUCCUCAGAGCUGGUGUCGGCCAACCGCCUGUUCGGAGAGAAGUCCCUGCUCUUCAACGAGACUUACCAGAACAUCAGUGAGGUGGUUUAUGGAGCGAAACUUUGGCCUUUGAACUUCAAGGUAGAAGAAUCUGCAAUAGUUGGAGUGAGUGGCUAUGUCGAAUAUCUCCGUGAACAAGAAGUAUCUGAACGGUGGUUUCGUUACAACCCACGCCUCACCUGCAUCUACUGCGCCAAAUCUUUCAACCAGAAGGGCAGCCUGGACCGGCACAUGCGACUCCACAUGGGCAUCACUCCCUUUGUUUGCCGGAUGUGUGGCAAAAAGUACACCCGCAAAGAUCAGCUGGAGUACCACAUUCGCAAACACACAGGCAACAAGCCCUUUCACUGUCAUGUCUGUGGGAAGAGCUUCCCCUUCCAGGCCAUCCUUAACCAGCACUUUCGUAAGAAUCACCCCGGCUGCAUGCCUCUGGAGGGGCCGCACAGCAUCUCCCCAGAGACCACUGUUACCUCACGGGGGCAGACGGAGGAAGAGUCUCCGCUUCGGGAGGAAGCUGGGGCUGUGGGGGAGACAGCACAGGGAUCUGUGUCCACCACUGGGCCAGAUUGA